GAAAAGAAGAAUAUAUUGCGACGUUCAAAGGAUCAGAAUACUUCUGCUAUGAUUUAUCUCAGAAUCCCAUACAGAGUAGCAGUGACGAAAUAACUCUGUCAUUUAAAACUCUUCAGAGGAACGGACUGAUGCUUCACACAGGAAAAUCGGCUGAUUAUGUCAAUCUCGCACUGAAAAAUGGAGCUGUCUCCUUGGUCAUUAAUUUGGGCUCAGGGGCCUUUGAAGCGCUGGUGGAACCUGUGAAUGGGAAAUUUAAUGACAAUGCCUGGCAUGAUGUGAAAGUAACCAGGAAUCUGCGUCAGGUGACAAUAUCUGUGGAUGGAAUUCUGACCACAACGGGAUACACGCAAGAAGACUACACCAUGCUGGGCUCUGAUGACUUUUUCUAUGUUGGAGGCAGUCCUAGCACAGCAGACCUUCCAGGGUCACCAGUCAGUAACAACUUUAUGGGCUGUCUCAAAGAGGUUGUAUAUAAAAAUAAUGAUGUCAGGUUGGAGUUAUCUCGACUUGCCAAGCAAGGAGAUCCUAAAAUGAAGAUUCAUGGGGUUGUAGCAUUUAAAUGUGAGAAUGUUGCAACCUUAGAUCCAAUCACAUUUGAAACACCAGAGUCUUUCAUCUCUUUGCCAAAGUGGAAUGCCAAGAAAACAGGCUCAAUAUCAUUUGACUUUCGUACAACUGAGCCAAAUGGCCUAAUUCUUUUCAGUCAUGGAAAACCGAGGCACCAAAAAGAUGCCAAACACCCACAGAUGGUGAAGGUUGACUUUUUUGCCAUUGAGAUGCUUGAUGGACACCUCUACCUGCUGUUAGACAUGGGAUCGGGUACUAUAAAAAUAAAAGCCUUGCAGAAGAAGGUGAAUGAUGGUGAAUGGUACCAUGUGGAUUUUCAGCGGGAUGGACGGUCAGGGACCAUAUCUGUGAACACAUUGCGUACACCAUAUACUGCGCCAGGGGAAAGUGAAAUCCUUGACUUGGAUGAUGACUUGUAUCUUGGAGGCUUACCAGAAAAUAAAGCAGGCCUGGUCUUCCCAACAGAGGUGUGGACAGCGCUUCUCAAUUACGGAUACGUCGGCUGCAUUAGAGAUUUAUUUAUUGAUGGUCAAAGCAAAGAUAUUCGACAGAUGGCUGAAAUUCAAAGUACAGCUGGAGUAAAACCCUCAUGCUCAAGAGAAACUGCAAAACCUUGCCUUAGCAACCCGUGUAAAAACAAUGGUGUAUGCAGGGAUGGGUGGAACAGAUAUGUCUGUGAUUGCUCUGGUACAGGGUACCUUGGCAAAUCGUGCGGAAGAG